AUGAAGCUUUCCACCGCGUCUCUUGUAGCCGUCGCUUCGUUGGCUUGUUCAACUGAAGCUACAUUCGGCUUAUUAAAUGGCUUAUUCCAAAGUUUUGUACCAACUACUGUUGCACCAACUUGUACUACUCAACAAAUAUACUAUGAUCCUUCUUCAAGCGUGAGAAAAAGAACUGUUGGUAAAACCAAUUUCAAAUCCGCUUUUGUUGUUUCCGAAGCUCAAAAGAAUGCUGAUGGCACUUUCAGCGUUGUUGGUAACUUUGAAUGUGAGAAAGCUGACGAGUUGAAGACAAACUUUGCAGCGGGUAUCAAACACUUGUCACUUGAAGGUACUGGAUGUGGCAACGUUCAAUUGUAUGGCCCUGGCUCCGUUAGCCCCGUUCAAAAUCCAUACAAAUGGUCUGCAAGUUUCCAAGUUAAACCAGAAAGCAAAUUAGGUAAAUGUUGUCUCCCAUCAGGUUUUGAAAUUGUUACUGCUUAUGAUGAACUUUCUCCCGUAUGGGGAAUAUUAGGUCAAGUUUUAGAACUUCCAAUCGUUAAAUACAAAGUUGCUCUUGUUCAAAAAGGUCUUGAAAUUGUUCUGGCAAGUGGUUUGUUCAAUACUCUUUUGUCCAUUCUUAAGAGAGAUAAUGUUGUUGAUGCCUCGAAAUAUGAUAAGAGAACAUUUGGUUUAGUAUUGGGCUUGUUGGACACUGUACUAGGAGGUGCAGAAUUUGGUGAGUUGAAUCAAUACUGUUGGGAUUGUGAUUGUGUUUCAACUGGUGGAUCAGGCUCAGGCUCGGGAUCAUCAGGCUCGGGAUCAGGCUCAGGCUCAGGAUCAGGCUCAGGCUCAGGCUCAGGAAAACCAGGAUCACCAGGAUCACCAGGCUCAGGCUCAGGAUCACCAGGAUCACCAGGAUCACCAGGCUCAGGAUCACAACUGUCAAUUUUACCAGUGUCAGUUACACCAGGAUCCGGAUCUCCUUCAACUACUAUUGUCACAAUCACAUCAUGCGCAAAGAACGUAUGCUCAAGAGUAACCCGUACUACCGGAGUAACUGUUAUAACCGAAGGUACUACCAUCUACACUACUUACUGUCCAUUAACCGAUGAGCCAGUUGAAACUGAAGAGCCAGUUGCUGAAGAAUCAGCUGUUGAAGAACCAGAACCAGAACAAUCAGUAGCUCCUGAAUCAUCAGAGGAACAAGAAGAAGAACCAGUUGAAACCGAAGAACCAGUUGCAGAAGAACCAGUUGAAACUGAAGAGCCAGUUGCAGAAGAACCAGUUGAAACCGAAGAGCCAGUUGCAGAAGAACCAGAAACCGAAACUGUUACUGCACACGCAACUACUGUUGUCACAGUCACAUCAUGUGUAAACAACGUAUGCUCAAGUGAAACCCAUACUACUGGAGUAGCUGUUAUAACCGAAGGUACUACCAUCUACACUACUUACUGUCCAUUAACCGAUGAGCCAGUUGAAACUGAAGAGCCAGUUGCUGAAGAAUCAGCUGUUGAAGAACCAGAACCAGAACAAUCAGUAGCUCCUGAAUCAUCAGAGGAACAAGAAGAAGAACCAGUUGAAACUGAAGAGCCAGUUGCAGAAGAACCAGUUGAAACUGAAGAGCCAGUUGCAGAAGAACCAGAAACCGAAACUGUUACCGCACACGCAACUACUGUUGUCACAGUCACAUCAUGUGUAAACAACGUAUGCUCAAGUGAAACCCAUACUACUGGAGUAGCUGUUAUAACCGAAGGUACUACCAUCUACACUACUUACUGUCCAUUAACCAACGAGCCAGCUAAAACCAAAGCACCAAUUGCAAAUCACAAUAAAGAACCGGCUCCAUCAGUCAGUGAAGCUGAAGGUGAGGAAUCAGCAGAACAUACAGCCGAAACCUUUGAACAAGCACCAGAACCAGAAGUUGCCGCUGCUGAACAAGCACCAGAACCAGAAGUUGCACCUGUUGAACAAGCACCAGAACCAGAAGUUGCCGCUGCUGAACAAGCACCAGAACCAGAAGUUGCACCUGCAGCUGUUGAACAAGCACCAGAACCAGAAGUUGCAGCUGUUGCAGUUGAGGACCAGGAUUCAACCUUAACCACUGCUGUCUUCAUCACAAGCACUCUUGAACCAGCUUUAGUAGAAGCAGAAACUGAAUCUGCCCUUUCUACACCUGAAACAGCUACAGUUUCUACUUAUGAGGGUGCAGGUAACAACAAAUACUCCUUUGGUGCCGCUUUGAUUGUUGCUGCCGCAUUAUUCGUCUAA